AUGAAUGACUCCACGGCUUCACUAGGUGUAGAUGAUUACGGAAUACAUAAUACAGAAGUUUCUCACCAUAACCCGAUAGAAUUAAAAAAUUUGAUAUCACCAUCAGAUUCCAGAAGACAUUCUCAAGACCAAGAUGGGCUACAUGGUAAUACAAGUUUGGUUAAGGAAAUUGACUGGCAUGGCGAAACGGUUAAAACAUAUCCACUAAACUAUCAAACUGUUCCACUAGUAAAGAUGCAAGUGAUAGCAUGCUUGAUUAUGUUCAUAGUCUUUGGCAUGAACGAUCAAACGGUAGGUGCAUUACUUCCGACACUAAUUGAAUAUUACCAUAUAUCCCGGGUAGAUGUCUCAAACAUCUUUAUAGUCCAAUUAUGUGGUUAUGUAGUGGCCUCUUUAUCUAAUGAGAAAUUGAAUAAGCACUUUGGUAUGAGGGGUGGCAUGCUUCUAGCAGCCGCUCUUUGUAUAGUAUUCCUUAUUGUGUUAGCAUCUGCUCCAUCCAAUUUUUAUGUCUGUAUGUUCUGCGGUCUUCCUCUUGGUUUGGGUAUCGGCAUCUUAGAUUCUACUGGUAAUGUCUUAAUGGGUAGUCUUUUGGUUCAUAAGAAUGAACUCAUGGGUAUCAUGCAUGGUCUUUAUGGAGCUGCAGCUAUGGUUACUCCGCCACUGGUUUCAUACUUUGUUGAAUGGGGUCACUGGUCUUUUUUUUUCUUUAUUCCCCUGUUCUUUUCUAUAAUAGGCAUGACUGUAAUCUUCCCAGCUUUCAAAUUCGAGACUGCAAGUAAAUACGAUUACCUCUGCUCUAUGGAAAACAAAGAACAUAACAAUGACGUAGAAGAAAUAGGUGAUGACUUGCAGAUUGAAUCUAGCAAGACAAGUCCAGGAUUCUUUGAACUUUUAAGAAAUCCCGCUAUUUUCUUGUACUCGCUGUAUUUGUUCCUUUACUUAGGUGCUGAAAUUACAACUGGUUCAUGGUUCUUUAGUUAUUUAUUAGAAACAAAAUCAAGUAACAAGGUCGCCAUGUCGUACAUAGCCGCAUCAUUUUGGACAGGCUUGACUGUAGGCAGGUUAUGCCUAGGAUUUGUUACUGAGAGAUUUUUUGAGAACGAAUAUAGAGCAAGCAAAACGUACGCUUUUCUAACAUUAUCUUCAUACACAUUAUUUGUGCUUGUUGGGUCGAUCAAUUCGAAUUCAGCUUUCUAUUUCCUUGUGUUAUUUUUAGUUGUUUUCUCCUGUGGCACGUUUAUUGGACCGCUGUUUCCAAAUGCAAGUAUAGUUGCCUUACAAGUGCUACCAAAGAGAUUACAUGUGAGUGGUGUUGGUGUUGCCGUUGCUGUUGGUGGCUGUGGUGGUGCAGCCAUUCCAUAUUUGGCUGGUGUUAUUGCACACACAGUAGGAAUUAAGUAUAUUCCGCCACUGUGUUGGAUAAUGGUUGCAUUAUUUACACUGGAAUGGACGUUGUAUCCCAAAUUUAUCAAAGGACAUGAUGAGCAUUUUUAG